AUCGUUAUGGCAAAUAUCUGUUUUAGCUUAAUUAUUGUUGUAUCUGUCUGUGUUGCCUGUACGUUUGCAACUGGUACGCCUUCAUUCUACAAAAAUGACAUAAUUGUAUAUCAACGUGGAUACAAAAAGGGCGGUAUCAUGUUUGUAAAAGAAGAUGGUGUAAAUCCGAUGGGUAAGGGUAAUUUAGAUUUGCUGUUCACUAUAAAACCAAAUAAAGCUGCCUACAAUAGUAUUCUCCAAAAGCUUAAAGAAAAUGGAAUAACUAGUCCUAAGUACGACGAAUUUUUUACUUUUUCAGUACCUGAAUUACAAAUUAUUAACCUUACUAAGAUGUAAUUAUUAACUUAUAACAAUUUAUAGAUGUCGACAUUG